AUGGGUACCUCCAAGUGCACAUCAAUAAUCCCUGUCUAUUUUUGGCCUGGAGAGCGUAUGGAUUUACCAUGCAGAAUGUGUCAAAUGUCGUAUUUAACCAAUGGUCGAAUGAAACGAUGGGGAUAUUCUGAGCAUAUUGAUGAGUUUCUUCUGAAUCCAACCCAAUUCGUUCGCAUUCGAGAGUUGUGGCAAGAUGUUGAAAAUACAAAGUCAUUUAAUGAUAACAAGGAAGAUCCCAUGGAUCCAGAUGACGUCAUUUGGUAUCCACACAAGUUUAUCUCGAAGAAAUAUGUCUCUGAAUUUCGCACGGAAAAUUAUGAGAAAGAAAGAUACGAAGUUCGACAUAAAGAGCAUCCAAGGUUUUGGCAGGAUGAUGGAAAAUUGACAAUAUUUGGAGCAGAUGUUCGUUCUCAAGGUGUAUACUUCUGUUAUGAUGAAUCUUCUAAAAAGGAGACUAUCAUAUUUUAUGUUCUUAUGACAAUGUUACCACCAGUAAGAUUCACAACAGAAUAUCCACUAGAUUACACUGACCAUUGUGGCCAAAAGAAAGGAAAAGACUCCAAACUGAUUUUUCCAUCUCACAACUGGAAGUUUCAUUUUCUUCCAAUGGGUGAUUUCAAUCCAGCACCGACGUGUCAAUUGGAUGAGACAGACUUGGAAACCUGUAAAAACAAUUAUCCAUAUCUGGACAAUACGAAAUGGCCUAAAAACUUUGGAGACGACUGUUCGGUGGAUAGAUGCAGAGCACGUCUAUUUUCUCCUGAUAACAAUAUCGACCUAUUCAUCGAGUUAAGAUGGGAUUCAUGGACUUCAUGUCAGGGAGAUCAACCGACGAAAAGAAGAGAAGGACAUUGUUAUUUGGUUCGGGAAGAAGGUUCCAUCAAUAUUGAAACGAUGAAGUCAGAACAUAAAAAGUUGUACUCUUGGAUCAAGAAUCUGGAAACUGUAUUCGAUCGAAAACCUUUUGAUGAAAGUGGAAUACGGUUGCACAGCUCUCUGCUUACUUCUGCCAUAUUCAAUAAGCCAAAGUUGACAGGAUGUUACAACAAGAAGGAUGAAGAGGAAAAGUUGUACGAGUUGUAUGAUCAAGUUUGGAGGAAAGUUUUUCUUCCAACACUCGGUGUCCCGGAAGACGGAGUUGUGGUGCAAUUGGGCAAUCCAUUCGAAGCAUGCCUUCGCUACACUAGACUGGCUACAGAGCCUGAUGAUGACCCGAAAAGUGAACAUUUGGUCGGCACUUAUUCAACUCAAGUUGAUUAUUGUUAA